AUGGCCUAUCACCAGCGCCCAACCUCCAGCUAUCAACCUUGCGAUAGCUUCUUCGUCGAGUCCUAUGACAACUUCCCGGCUCCUCGUAUGGACGCCAAGGAGCAUGCGCGACUGAUUGCUCGCGAGCGUCAGUACGCCAUCGCCGAGGAGCUAUCCAAGGUUGCAAGCGAUGAGUUCCGGGAUGACAUCCUGUCUCAUAUGCUGGAUAUGGAUUUCGCGACCGUUCCUGACGUGGAGUCCAUCGAUAUUCAAACCGAGAUCCAAUGGUUUAUGCGGCCAUACCUUCUUGACUUCUUGAUUGAAGCUCACACCGCGUUCCAACUCCUUCCCGCCACGCUGUUCCUGACGAUCAACCUUCUGGACCGGUACUGUGCCCGACGUGUGGUCUACAAGCGACACUAUCAGCUGGUUGGAUGUGCGGCCCUUCUGAUUGCCGCCAAAUACGGUGACAAGAAGGACCGUGUGCCGACCAUCAAAGAGCUCAAGUCCAUGUGCUGUUCACUCUACGAUGACGAUAUGUUCAUCCAGAUGGAAUGGCACGUUCUGCAGACCAUUGGCUGGACUGUCGGCCACCCAACCCCGGACACGUUCUUGCAGAUGGCCGUGAUGGACACCCCGUAUGACCCUGAGGUGGAACAUCUAGCCCUCUAUAUCCUAGAGAUCUCCCUGUUCCACCGUGAGUUCGUCUCCAAGCGUUCGGCCGACCUGGCUCGUGCUGCCUUGGCCCUGUCACGGUGUAUCCUGAACCGGCCUCUACCCAGGCAGACGGACUGGGCCUCACAGUACGACUCCUUGACGCUUGUGAGCCUGUCCCAGUAUCUGCACCAACCGUCCCAGGUGUUGUCGAGAAAGUACUCCUCGGCGCACUACUCGAGGGUGUCCAAGCUGCUGGAACAGUUCCUCGCCCGCCAGGCCUCCAUUGCCAGCUACAGCCCACCCUCGCCUCCCUCGGAGGUGCCGGUGGAGUCCAAGCCGUAUAACGGUGAGAUGGGCCUCGCCACCCCGCAGAAGAACCAUCAUGCCUCCGCUAUGCCCAACGGGUACCUUACCCCGCCCAUCACUCCGGAGAACGAGGAAUACGUCAAGGUCGGUGCGAACGCGUGCCCACCAUCCCCGACUCCUCCUCCCAGUGCGCAGUUUGUCGGAUCCCAUGGGUAUCAGCAAGGACCGACAAGCUACGGACAGCCACAGCAGUUCCAGCAGCAACAGCCCCAGAUUGGCUUCCAUGCAGGAUACCAAUAA